AAAAGACGAUGUUUAGGGAGGGAGGCGGGAGGAUGUGAUGCUGUUUUAUGUGCGGAGCCAAAGCUUGCGGCUUUUGUCAUUUGGAGCGAGUCGUGACUGAGCAGCAGAGCGCCGGCGAUGGCCUGUUGUCAUUCGCACUCUUGGCUGCUUCACAAUACUCAAUCCCUUUCCCUCUGGAAAUGGAGAAGCUUCACCCUCAGAUUCGUAGGAACAACAAGAAGAAGAAGCAGCAUUCAAUCUCCAAAUUCACUCCGAUUUUCUCCCCUAAUUUCCCAUAAGGGCUACUGCAAUACAUUCAAUCGUAGUUUUAAUUCGGCUUCACCGGGAGUUGUUAGUGAGAGUGGUGAUGCCGCCGCCGCAGCCUCUUACUCUAAAAGUGAGGGAGUAGUAAGCCGAGACAUGCUGCUGGCUUCAACUUUGUUCAAGCGUGAAGAGAAAACAGUGAACAGUAACCCUUCAGAUGGUAGAGUAAUGCUCAUCGACGGCACAUCCAUCAUUUAUAGAGCAUACUAUAAGCUUUUAGCAAAGCUGCAUCAUGGCCAUUUGUCACAUGCUGAUGGAAACGGAGAUUGGGUGUUGACCAUCUUCUCAGCACUUUCUCUUAUAAUUGAUGUCCUGAUGUUUAUCCCUUCCCAUGUAGCGGUGGUGUUUGACCAUGAUGGAGUUUCAUUUGGUCAAACUUGUAAUUCAUCCAACGAAAGUUUUAAAGGAAAAGGCCUGAAUUUUCGUCACACUCUGUACCCCGCAUACAAGAGCAAUCGCCCCCCUACACCUGAUACCAUUGUCCAGGGACUCCAAUACUUGAAAGCAUCCAUCAAGGCUAUGUCCAUUAAGGUGAUUGAGGUGCCUGGUGUGGAAGCUGAUGAUGUGAUUGGAACAUUGGCUGUUAGAAGUGUUGAUAGUGGGUACAAGGUACGGGUUGUCUCCCCAGACAAAGACUUUUUUCAGAUUCUAUCUCCUUCAUUGCGCCUUCUACGAAUUGCUCCACGUGGCUUUGAUAUGGUUUCAUUUGGAAUGGAGGAUUUUGCUGAAAAAUAUGGAAGCCUUCAACCUUCUCAGUUUGUUGAUGUGAUCUCGCUUGUCGGUGACAAAUCUGAUAAUAUUCCAGGAGUCCAUGGAAUUGGAAAUGUUCAUGCUGUGCAACUCAUCUCUAAAUUUGGCACAUUGGAGAAUUUAUUGCAGUGUGUUGAUCAAGUUGAAGAGGAACGAAUAAGAAAGGCCUUGAUAGAAAAUGCUGACCAGGCUCUCUUGAGCAAGAACUUGGCACUACUACGAUCUGAUCUUCCACUGUACAUGGUACCUUUUGCCACAAAAGAUCUGACAUUUCAGAAGCCUGAGGACAACGGGGAGAAAUUCACGAGCCUCCUAACUGCUAUAAGUGCAUAUGCGGAAGGAUUUUCAGCUGAUCCAAUCAUCAGGAGAGCAUUUUACUUAUGGAACAAACUUGAAAACCAAAAUCAAGUUACGUAGUUUGGAUUUGGUCGGAGUAUGAAGCGCCUAUGCUUGUUGCAAAAGACAAGCAAUAGAAGGUGCAUCAUUUUGGUUACCUACUUGUAAAUCAACUUGGUAUGAUUCUAACUUCUUGGGUAUAGGAUUCAAACAAUGGCCAUCAUUUUUCUCAGCAAUUAAACUUUCUUUUUCUUCCCAAA